AUGGAAAAAUUUUUGCGUGAUUGGCGACAAGAUGCUCUCAACAAACAUCAGUAUGACUCUGCCAUCUUCGUUGGGGAUAAGCUGUUAGCCUUGACCCAAAGUGAUAAAGAUGCGUUCUGGCUAGCGCAAGUGCAUUUCUCUGCAGGCAACUAUACACGGGCCCAGAGCUUUCUCAUCAAACAUGAUCUCGUUGCACGAAAUACCUCCUGCCGUUAUCUUGCUGCUCAUUGUUGCAUUAAGCAGAACAAGUUUGAUGAAGCUCUUGGUAUUUUGGGCGAUAAGAGUCCUGCCCAUCUUUUAUGUACUGCUGGGAAUAACCGGCGAAAGUUUCAACAUACCAGCGGCUAUGGAAAGCCCGUAGCAAAAUUAGAUGGAAAAUCAGACUUAUUCAAAAGAGACGACUCUGAUCAAGAUGAAGCAGGGGUUACUCGCUUUGAAGCUGCUAUGUGCUACUUGAGAGGGAUAUGCUAUGCGAAACAGAAUGCUUUUGAUCGCGCAAAGGAAUGCUACAAAGAUGCUGUACGAAUAGAUGUCCAGUGCUUUGAGGCCUUCGAGCAGCUAAUGAAAAACUGCUUGAUGUCUCCUAACGAAGAAUGGGAAUUUCUAGCGUCCCUUAACUUUGAUUCGAUAACCAUCCCUAACGAUACUUCCUCCUCUCAAGAAGCUGCUGAUUUCACAAAGAUACUCUACACAACGAGACUUUCCAAAUACAAGAACCCUGCUGCCUUUCAGGCUGCUUCUGAAACUCUAUCAACGCAUUAUAACCUCUCAAAGAAUGCAGACUUACUUCUUUCCCAGGCAGAUCUUUUAUUCACCCAAUGCAGAUUUAAUGACGCUCUAGGAAUCACCAACUCAAUUUUACAAGAUGACAAGUAUAACUUUAGCAUAUACCCUCUUCACUUAGCAUGUCUAUAUGAACUAUUUCUCAAAAACGAACUUUUUCUUAUAUGUCAUGACCUUGCCGACAACCACCCUGAUGAACCUUGCACAUGGCUUGCAGUCGGAGUUUACUACUUGGCUACUAAUAAGGUGGCAGAAGCUCGCAGAUAUUUCAGUAAAGCAAGUAUGAUGGACCCUCAUUUUGGCCCAGCUUGGAUUGGAUUUGCUCAUACCUUUGCUCAUGAAGGGGAGCAUGACCAAGCCAUAUCGGCCUAUUCUACGGCUGCCCGACUUUUUAUGGGGACUCAUUUACCCCAGCUUUUCCUCGGCAUGCAAAAUCAUAUGUUGAAUAAUAUGACCCUUGCCGACGAAUUUUUAAAGACUGCGUACAGCCUAUGCGAAACAGAUCCACUUCUGCUAAACGAAAUGGGAAUUGUUUAUUAUCAUCAAGAUCGACUGGAGGAUGCAGUUCUUGUGUUUUCAAAGGCUUUGGAAAUCGCAGAAGAAAUAAAUAGUGACUCCUUAGCAUGGCUUUCUACUCAGGCAAACCUUGGUCACGUUUACCGAAGGUUACGUCGAUUCGACGAUGCGAUAGCAGAAUUUGACCAGGUUCUACGCGAAGGUGGAAAAGAUGCAGCUAUAUUUUGCGCCAAGGGGUUGGUUCUAAUGGAUCAAAGACGUCCUCUUGAAGCUGUGCAAGUAUUACAUGAGGCUUUAGCCAUUGCCCCUCAGGAUGCUAUCGCAACAGAACUACUAAAUAAGGUGUUGGAGGAAACUUCUAACAUGAAUUCGAUUCCCAACGAGACUUCCAAUAAUGAUGAUAAUCAAGUCGAGAAUAAAAUAACUUUGAAGAAACAAGCUGCAGCUCGUGCCAUGAAAAGGCGAGAGGUUGAAAAGCAGAAGUGGGCAAAGCGAAUAAGUUUUGAUAAUGACAAAAAUAACACGAUGGAUUUAGGUGGAGAUAAUUGA